AUGCGGGGAGGCGUUAUUGGAAGUAUUAGCUUCCUUGCCUUCCUGUUGUUCCAUUACACGAAUGGUCAAAAUAUUUUAUUAAACUCGCAAACUCAGGAUUUAAAAGAAGAUUUAAGUGAAGUCAAAACAUCGAAUGAAGAUGUUACAUUGAAAAGUACAGAAAGUGAUAUUCAAAAUAAUAUUUCUGAUAGUAAUAAUAACGACACAAGUACAAAAUCACAAGAUGCUUUAAAACCCGAGAGUAGAAUUUCAGCUGAAACUGACCAAGGAUUGUUUUCUUCUCUAGAAGUGACUGAAAACAAAGAAGAGGAGAAUUUUAGCAAUAAACAACUAAAAUCUGCACAAGAUGAAGAAAAUGAUAUAAAAGCGGAGGAAAAAUCUGGUUACAGUUCAGCGAUUGCAACUACAAGCAAUUCAUUUGGUUAUAGCAACAGCUUUGCUAAAGCAACUUCUUUAGCAUCAGGCGGAUACGGUGGAACCGUUUCACCAUAUCAAACUCAUUUGCCGAACUCAGCUUCUAGCUCGGCUCAGGCAUAUAGUAAUGGCAAUGCUCAAGCUGCAGCGUCAUCCUAUGGCAACUCCUACUAUAGAUCAACACAAGGUUUUGCUCCGCCAAGUCCGUCCUUGGGUCCAGGAUCUUUCACCUGGGAGGAUACUAAUGCGCAGUCUACAGGCUAUGAUAGAUGGAAUCCAUUGGUGUCAAGUUAUUUUCCAGACGUAAGUUAUGCAUCAGGAAUGGGACAAGCGCAAUCAGACUACGGGAGCCCCUACGGAUUCGAUUUUUAUAAACCAGAUUUUGGUUAUGCAUCGGCAACAGCUGAUACGAGUGGAUGGGGUCCGUAUGGUCCAGGGACUUAUCCCGAUCAAAGCUACACUGGAGAAGCGCAGGCCCAAGCAUCCAUUUCGGUAGGGUUUUAUGAACCAGGACGAGCAAGGCAAUUUUUACCUCAGGAAUACAUAAUUCCUCAUUCAACAUCCGGACAAGAAAUUGUAUGUAUGCGAGCGGGUGAUUUAUACAGCAUACUAACAAUUGACAAUAGAUGUUUGAUAUGUACGUGUAGUGAAGUCCUAGGGCGAUUGGCGCCUGUAUGUGCCGGCUGUGACUCCUGUUUCGCACUACCAUUGCCGGAACCGGAACCAGAACCGGAACCGGUACCGGUGCCAAUACCGGAGCCGCCGCCUGAGCCACAGCUGUCAUGCUCACCCCUACCAGAAGACACGCCUUUCGAGAAUCCAUUGAAUCCGUGCCAAAUAUGUAUUUGCGCUCAUGUAUUCAAUGCGAUUGGACAGCCCGACAUACAGAUCGACUGUCAGGAGAAUCCAGAAUGCCCGCCCAUACCUGAACCACCAGUACCGGUUCCUAUGCCCCUUUGCGAGAAGUUCCCAUCCGAAAUACUUUUCCCUCAUCCAACAGAAAGUUGCAAAAUUUGCAAGUGUGUCGUCGAGAUAUUGUCAUUCGGUAUACCCGAGCAACGGAUUUUAUGUAUGCCAAUCCCUGAAUGCGAACAAUCCUGGCCGGAACCAGAACCUUGGCCAAUACAAGAGAUCUGGCCACCAGGUCCUGAACCGUACCCCAUUAUUGAGCCAGUACCUAACGUACCAGAACCAUGGCCAAUUCCAGAGAUACUGCCUCCUGCACCUGAACCCUGGCCUAUCAUUGAACCUUUACCACCAGCACCAGAAAUAUGGCCAGUUCCAGAACCCUUACCUCCUCCCCCUAGACCGUGGCCUAUUAUUGAGCCAGAACCAGUGCCUAUUAUUGAGAUAGAACCAGUGCCUAUUAUUGAGACAGAACCAUGGCCAAUUCCAGAGACACUGCCACCUGCACCUGAACCCUGGCCUAUCAUUGAACCUUUACCACCAGCGCCAGAACCAUGGCCAGUUCCAGAACCUUUACCUCCUCCCCCUGGACCGUGGCCUAUUAUUGAGCCAGACCCAUGGCCAACUCCAGAUACACCGCCACCUGAAUCCUGGCAAGUCAUCGAACCUUUACCACCAAUGCCAGAACCAGUUCCCGAACCUUGGUAUCCACCUGAACCAGUUGAACCAUGGCCCGUUAUUGAGCCAAUACCAGAACCAUGGCCCACUCCCGAAUACCUGCCAUGGCCACCCUCAGAACCUGAAAUAUGGCCUGUUCCUGAGCCCUUACCUCCAGCUCCAGAGCCUUGGCCGAUUCCAGAACAAUAUCCGCCAGCUCCCGAACCUUGGCCAAUUCAACCGUUGCCAGAACCUGAACCACCAGAACCAGAACCACAACCAUUACCUUGGCCACCUGUGUUACCUGAUGCUCCACUCAGUCCUCUACCUGGUCCACCACCUCAUCAGUCAUGUCGACCUUAUCCGCCGAACAUGCCAUUCCAACAUCCAUGGGAUGAAUGCAGAGUUUGUGUGUGCAGUGAGUUCCAUGCGAUCGGUAUCACCAACAUUGAAGUUAACUGUUACACGAAACCAUCGUGCUGCAUUGAACUACCAUUCCCAGAACCAUAUCCUGAACCAUUACCCCUCCCCCCGCCAAUUCAGCAAACAAAUCAGAACUGUCAAUAUCAAGAUAUCGGAUCCGAAUUCCUAAGCCCCGAAGACGUCUGUAAAGUGUGCACCUGUCAAGUAUUCGGAAACUACGUAGCUCCGGUCUGUAGACGCUCUAAGAGGCCCGAAUAUACUUUACCACCAUUUGCACCGGGUGGAACAUUUAACAAUGGAGAAGCGUAUUUUGAUUCAUACGGUGAUUCCUCUUUGGCUCAAGCAUCAUCUAAUUCCCUUUAUAACUCAGCGUCAGCAGAAGCUACCGCCAUCGCACAUGCUCAGUCAAACGUGAACUCAAAUAUGGGAGGCAGCUCCGCCUACGCUGAGAGCGUGUCCAAUGCAGGCAACAAAUACCCUUACGGCACGAUUUUUCCCGGUUCGUCAGAUAUUUCAGCAUCCGCCCAAGCUAAUUCCUUAGCUAACGUGCCUAAUAUCAAUUCGUAUCCGUACUAUGAUGACAAUUACUAUGCUACAGCUCAAAGUCAAGCUGCCGAACAAGCGGCGUACUCUCAAGCAAUGGCCAGUGCAACGCAGAAUUCCUUCAAUCAAUUUGGCAGUCAAACUUAUGGCACAGCAGAAGGUGUAGCUAAUAGUCAAUAUGGUCUGUAUGGAGGGUAUCCCUACUAUAGCGGAAUGCCAGACGUAAGUCAAAUGCAACCGGGAUCUCUGGGGACAUCUGAACUUUAUCAAGGUCUAUACCAAUAUCCUCAAACGACAGGAAUGUAUCAAGCGGGUAUGUCUGGUUGGGAAAAUUCAGUAAGCGAGCAAGGCACAAUUACAAUAUGCCAACUAACUCUAACCCCUUAUGGGCUUGAACAUCGUGACAUAAUAGAACUGGCGGAGUUUGGUGACGCUCAACACCGGGGUGGUAGGUGGUAUGCGUAUGAAGGAAACACAUCCGGUGAGAGCGGAAGCGAUCUUAAGACUAGCAAUUCAGCUCAUAGAAGCAGCUCCAUAUCGUCUGGCUCCGAGAGCGUCUCUUCAAGUUUGUCUUCGGAGGCGUCGUCUAUUGAAACCAAAGAGGCCAGGCGAGCAACAAAAACAUGGCGUCAGUGCACGCCAUGUCCUCACGAUAUGUUAAAGAAAUAUAUAAAUUUUGGUAUUAAAUGGAUCUGUGCAUCGUAUCAGCGCGCGCGCCGAUCCUUCAAGAGCGAGUGCAUGAUGCGGUAUAGGAACUGUCAGGAUGGAACUAUGUUUGUGAAGAUAUCUGACAAGCGAUGCAAAAAUAGCUCGUACCACGGCCGACAUUGGUUUUACGUUUAUAGAGUUUAA